CCAACUUCAAACUCUCUUCUCUCUCUCUCUCUCUCUCUCUGCCCUACUAUUAUAUCUAUCUACUAAUAAAAGCCUCUCACAAACUUCCAAAUCUCGAUCCAAUCCAAUCCAAUCCAAUCCAAUCCAAACCCUCAACAACAGUCUAUUAUCCCUCUCUCUCGCUCCCAACUGAAUCUUCAAAAAAAAAAAAAUGUCGUUUUUCUUGGGACUCGUGAUCGGAAUCGUCGCCGGAAUCGCUCUCAUCGUCGGCUUUGUUCGAUCCGAGAACUCUCGAUCCAAGCGUCGCUCUCAACUCGCCACCACGAUCGCUGCGUUUGCGAGGAUGACUGUGGAAGAUUCUAGGAAGCUUCUCGCCCCUGAGUACUACCCUUCCUGGGUUGUCUUCUCUCAGCGACAGAAGUUGACAUGGCUCAACCUUCAUCUCACAAAGAUCUGGCCCUAUGUUGAUGAGGCAGCAUCUGAGCUUAUAAAGACAAGUGUUGAGCCAGUUCUUGAACAAUAUAGACCGGUUAUACUGUCUUCUUUGAAAUUCUCAAAGUUCACCCUUGGUACUGUUGCCCCACAAUUUACAGGGAUUUCCAUUAUUGAAGAUGGAGGUGAUGGUAUAACGAUGGAGUUAGAGAUGAAUUGGGAUGGGAAUCCAAGUAUAAUACUUGAUAUUAAGACUAGAUUUGGCGUGGCACUACCUGUGCAGGUGAAGGAUAUUGGAUUCACCGGGAUUUUCAGAUUGAUCUUUAAGCCGCUAGUUGAUGAGUUCCCUUGCUUUGGGGCUGUAUGUUAUUCUUUAAGAAAAAAGAAAAAGAUGGAUUUCAAACUUAAAGUUAUUGGCGGAGAUAUUAAAACAAUACCUGGUCUUUCUGAUGCUAUUGAGGGGACUAUACGUGAUGCCAUUGAAGAUUCUAUUACUUGGCCGGUUCGGAAAAUUGUACCAAUUUUGCCUGGGGAUUACAGUGACCUAGAGCUGAAGCCUGUUGGAGUUUUAGAGGUGAAACUCGUUCAAGCAAAGGAGUUAACAAAUAAGGACAUCAUUGGGAAAUCUGAUCCUUUUGCUGUGUUAUACAUACGCCCUCUGCCUGAUAGAAUGAAAACUAGCAAAACAAUUGACAAUCAGUUGAAUCCAGUAUGGAAUGAGCACUUUCAAUUUGUUGUUGAAGAUUCAUCCACACAACACUUGGUGGUAAAAGUUUAUGAUGAUGAAGGGAUUCAGGCAGCGGAAUUCAUUGGAUGUACUCAAAUACGACUGAAUGAACUUGAGCCUGGUAAAGUAAAGGAUGUGUGGUUGAAGUUAGUGAAAGAUUUAGAGGUUCAGAGAGAUAAUAAAAACCGGGGCGAGGUCCAUUUGGAGCUAUUAUACUGUCCUUUCGGCAUGAAGAAUGGGUUUACUAACCCUUUUACCCCAGACUUUUCAAUGACCUCAUUGGAAAAGGUUCUUAAACAUAGUGCAGAAGGAAACGAAGCUGCCGAAAAUGGAACAGUAGUCACACAGAAAAGAAGGGAAGUAAUUGUAAGGGGAGUACUUUCUGUUACUGUGAUAUCUGCUGAGGACUUGCCACCAGCGGACCUAAUGGGGAAGGCUGACCCCUACGUUGUGAUCACUAUGAAAAAAACAGAAUCAAAAAAUAAAACUAGGGUUGUGAAUGAGAGUCUGAAUCCAGUAUGGAAUCAAACUUUUGACUUUGUUGUGGAGGAUGGAUUACACGAUAUGCUUAUUCUGGAAGUCUGGGACCAUGACACGUUUGGGAAGGACUAUAUGGGCCGAUGCAUCAUGACGCUGACAAGGGCCAUACUGGAAGGGGAAUACAAAGACAGUUUUCCACUAGACGGGGCUAAAUCAGGAAAACUCAAUUUGCAUAUCAAGUGGUCGCCUCAACCAAUUUACCGCGAUUCAUAGCAGUCCUUAGUUCCCAAAUCUUGUGAGUAUGUACUCGUAGCUUGUGUGAAUUAUGCCCGUGGCUCCACAUAAGAGGUGUACAGAGAACAUCACUCCAAUCCCCUCUUGCACAAUUAAUGAUCAUUGAAAUCUUAGGUUAUCAAAUUGUUGUAUGAAAAAACUUGCUGUAUAUAUAAUUGUUUGAGUAGUGCGGAGAGAACACUGUAAACUUGUGAUAGUUUUGUUGUGGAUUUUUUGAACAAAAAUAAAAAUAUAAAACAAGUAGUUACAGGUUAUUGAUUAAAGGA